ACAGCUGGGAUGUGCGCGAUGCUGACGCCUUGGAGCCGCCAAAUGCCUGCGCUGCAGCCGGGUGACCCGGACGGGCUGCUGUCCUGCUGGGCCCUGCUGAGGAGGUCCGUGCUUGCGCUCCGAAUGCCGCUGAUCACAAAAUUAGCCUUUGGGUAGUUCAGAAAAUCCUCUGGAAAAGAGAAGGCAGUAGAAACGAAUGGUGGCCAACGUACGUGCACGCAGGCGAGGCAGAUAUUUGCAUCGACGUCUGAGCGUGGUUUUUGUUCUGCGACGUCCACUAGGGCUCUACCCAGAGGAGGGAGAAGAUGGAGCCUGACCAGGACUGGACAACCGUCUAUCCAGCUGCAGCUUCUUUUAAACCUUCUGCUGUGCCCCUCCCUGUUCGGAUGGGCUACCCAGUCAGAGGCGGCGCGGCUCCUGGAAAAGAAGGCAACUUGGAACUUUUGAAGAUUCCUAAUUUCUUGCACCUAACACCAGUUGCCAUCAAGAAACACUGUGCUGCUCUGAAAGACUUCUGCACAGAGUGGCCAUCUGCCCUGAAUAGCGACGAGAAAUGUUUGCAGCACUUCCCAAUUGAAAUCAGCACCACAGACUAUGUUUCAGCAGGGCCAUCUCUUCGUAAUCCUAAAGCAAGAGUGGUGACUCUAAAAGUUAAACUGUCAAGUCUCAACUUGGAUGACCACGCAAAGAAGAAGUUCAUUAAACUUGUAGGAGAGAGGUACUGUGUGAACACAGAUACCGUUGCUAUCACAACAGACAGAUGUCCUCUAAGGAAGCAAAACUAUGAUUACGCAAUGUACCUUCUAACUGUUUUAUUCCAUGAAUCAUGGAAAACAGAACCAUGGGAAAAAGAAAUUACAGAAGCAGAUAUGGAGGAGUAUGUCUGGGAGAACAGUGAUUCUGAGAAGAAUGCAUUAAGGACAUUGCUUCAGAUAAGAGCAGCUGAAAAAGCUGAAGAAAUUAGCAGAGAGGAGCUUCUUGCCUUAGAGGUGAUUCAGGACUACAAAAAGUCCAUGGUUCUCUUGAAAAAUGAAGGAGAAACAGAAAAGCAUCUUUUGGAGUAUAAAAAUUCAGUGAAGCGACUGUUAAACUUGCAUGGCUCGUAAUGUAAGCAAUUAUUUUGUGGAAUGCUGUGUGUGUACUGAUGGAGAUAUUCCAAAUAAAAUUUUCAAUAAUGCCA